AUGGGCGUGCUAAUACGCUUCGCCGUAUCCGGCGACAUACGGGAAAUGUGUCAUCAGGUCAAGGUGCGCCGAGAAGACCAAGCGGCUCAGAAGUUUCUCUGGCGUGAUGGAGAUUCGUCGCGCUCUCCCGAAACGUACGUUAUGCAAGUCAAGACGUUCGGAGCAUCCUGUUCGCCAGCCCUAGCAAAUUACGUCAAGAAUCCGAUUUGCGAAAACACAUUUGUAGACGACUGGCUGCAGUCGGUAGAUUCAGAAUCCCAAAUGAUGCAGUUAGCUGAGACUGUAAAAAGGAUUCAUGCUAGUGGCGGUUUCGAGAUGCGCCAAUGGACAUCAAAUUCAAAGCAAGUUAUGCAGGCGCUGGAAGACGACUGUGAGGGCUUGGACAAGCGUAUCAGCGGUAAGGAUGAAGCGCAAGAAAAGGUCCUGGGCCUGUGGUGGCUACCUGGACAAGAUCUGUUGACCUUUGUGGUAAAGCCGAACUUGCUUGCAAAAGCAUCUAAGGAGCGCCCAAUUAAAAGACGCGUUCUAAGCGUGGUCAUAUGGCGAUCCAACAUCGGAUGGGAUGACGACCUUACCAAAGAAGACGAAGUGGAUUGGCGACACUGGCUAGAUCUAGUUUCAAAGUUGAAUACCGUCCGUAUUCCACGGUGUAUGAAGUGGGUGAGACGAACCCAGACUGUACAGAUGCACACAUUCGUGGACGCCAGUAUUAAUGCUUAUGCAGCAGUUGUAUAUUUGCGGGCUGAACAUGAUGGCCAAGUACAUUGCAGUUUAGCCGCCUCAAAAACGAGAGUAGCACCCUUGAAGCCCGUGUCUAUACCUCGUAUGGAACUAAUGGCCGCAGUCUUAGGUCUGAGACUGGCCAAAUGUAUCCAAAAUGAAACGUCGGUACGCAUACAUAGACGAACAUUUUGGACGGAUUCAAAGGACGUGCUCUACUGGAUCCAGUCCGAUUCUCGAAAGUUCCAACAAUUCGUAGCGCUUCGCAUCGGAGAGAUUUUAGAAGAAUCAGAUGUGGGCAGCUGGCGCUGGGUCCCAUCAGCUCAAAACGUGGCAGACGAUGGCACAAAAUGGACCAAAACGCCCGAAAUUCACGGCUCGACCAGGUGGUUCAAUGGACCACCAUUUUUGUAUCUAGAAGAAUCGCAGUGGCCAUGCACAGAAAAGGGCUCGGCAAUAAACAUGUUAUACCAUGCUGAAGAACAAGCCAAUCACACGUACUCUUGGAGAUGUAUCCUGCCGGAUCUGCAGCACUUCAGCAAGCUGGAGAAAUUGAGAGCCGCACUGCUAUGCGUACUGGAUUUCCUACGGAUUGUUACUAAGAAGACCAAAUUGGACGGGCGAUUAGAGCUGCAGAAGAUGCUGCUCCUUAAACGCAGCAAAGAAAUGGAUGUGAUUUUUAUUCGAAUAUGCCAAGAAGAGGAGUUUUAUAGUGAGAUUACCUCCCUAAAGUCGGGGCACCGCCUAACCGAUCGCAAAAGCCUGCUCUUCAAGCUCUCUCCUUAUAUAGAUGACUCGGGCAUUCUACGUAUUAAGGGACGGAUAGACAAUAUAGAAGGAGUUGAAGUCUGCGUAAAACGCCCGAUAAUUCUGCUAAGACGACAUCGAUUGACGUAUCUGCUUGUUGAGUUUUAUUACCGCAAAUAUCAUCACCUGCACAACGAAAUCGUCGUAAACGAACUGCGUGAGAAGCGCUGGGGUGUGCUGUUCACAUGCCUCACGGUACGCGCCGUUCACCUAGAUAUAGCUACGUCGCUCUCGACUGACUCAUACCUAUGCGUUCUGAAGUCGUUCGUGGCCAGACGCGGCUGCCCCCGCCGCAUGCUGUCGGACAAUGGCACAAAUUUCAAAGGCGCUAGCAGAAUAUUAAAAGAUGAAAUUGAACGUAUAUCGCCGGCGCUGAUCGAGUGA